AUGAGGGCGCCCAACACCGUAAGCAGGCCGCCAACGCCAUCUGCCGCAACCACGCCGCUGUCACGAAGGACGCCAUGCGCGGCGUCAAGGGAUGCCCGGACGAGUUUCAUAGCGUCACGGACUUUGCUUUCAGGGUGCUUAGCGAGGUCGUGUUGGACCCGUCUAAGCUGGAGGGGGCGGAGAUCCGGGUUAGGGAGACUGCUAAGACCGAAGAAUGGGUCAUGCUUGGACAUGCUCUUCGGUUUGAACGAGUGA